CCAUAAGUUAAUUUUCUUUUUGUUAAUCCAUAUCCUUGUUUCUAUAUAGGAGGAGGAAUAUUGACCCAAAAAAAUGAAUGCCAUCAGCUUUAACCCCACGUCCAUGAUAAAUCCCCAUUUGACUAAUUAACAUCACACUCUCCUUCCAUAAAGAAAGAAAACCCAUUUCCUCCCAAGAUACCCAUUUUGCUCUGAAGUCAAGACCUCUGUUUCUCUCUCUGGCUUCAGAAGCACCAUUUUUGCAGAGCCAUUUGAGCAAGUACUCCAUUGAAGUUUCUUCCUCCAAAGAGGGUUAUUAUGAUAACAUCGAAUGGUCAUCACCUUCAUCAUCACAAAGUUGGAUGCUUUUUGCUGAUUCUGGUGCUGAUUUGUUCUUCACGCCAUGGGUUUGUUGGAGCAAGAAGACUUGUGAGACUGCAGAAGGUUGAAGGAGAUGAAAUAGAGCAUCAAGAGGAUCAUCAUGGUCCAACAGCAGGUUCCAGUGAGCAGAGCAACAAUGGAUUUCAUAGUGAAGAUGGAGAUUUCUUCGCGACUGUCGAUCGAGCUGUCCCUUCUUGCCCCGAUCCUCUACACAACAAGUAGGUUGUGAUAAAGUUGAUGAGUUUUUUUUGUACUGGAGGAGGAUGUUGUUAUGAGAGGUAAUAAUUGAGAUGAGUGGGAAAUUUUUGUUUCUUUUACCUAAAUAGAGAUUUCUUUUCUUCCUUCCUUUGAGUUGGUCUUUUUGCUUCCUCUUGAACAUGUUAUAUGUACAAAUGGUACUUUCACCUACAUGAAUACUACUUUCGUGUAAAAUUUUAUACAGUGAUUCUACAUGUAAGCAUUAUGUUGAAGAGUACUUUAUAUAUACAACAAUUAGUGAGAUGAGAAAGGUAAGGGAGGAAUUGGUUUAUGUGGAUCCAAGGCAUGCCAUAUAGGUUGAUCAAUAAGUUUGGAGUUGAAAGUGGGCAGGAGAAAGAAUUUCAGGAUUGCAAUGAGUUGGGCUAGCUAGCUGGAGCAAUAUUGGCUUCUAGUUAUUAAGACCCACCCCACACGAAUUAAUGCAGCAAUUUCUGCUGGAAUUGUCUCUUUGGUUUGUUGUUCCCAUGGGAAAUGAUUGGCUUGCCAAAUCAUAGCUAGCUCGAGCUAGGAGGCUACAUAUAUUGUUUUUUGGGAUUCGUUACUUCAUUUUUCGAACUCACAUAUUCUAAACUUUCGGUCGAUAUGUUGUUUCCCCUCACAGUUUGUUAGAGUAUAUUCUAACCUCACUUUGGUCGAGAAUAUUCUAAUUUAUCCUUUUAGUAGAACAACUUUGUUCCUUCGUCCUUUGGGCUCACAUAUGAUAAACUUAUCGGUCGAGCUAGUUUCUUCCUCUGAUUGAUAGAAAUUCUCUCUUCUUUUUCAUCCACUCCUUGAGAGAGGUGGUGACACACAACAACCAAUCUUGAAAGUUCACUCUUUCGUCUAAAGAUGCCUAACUGUCGCACCUAAAAUCUAAAUUCGGAGGGAGGAGGGGAGGACAACGAGGUGGGUAGUUUAUCUUUCGCGAAUGCCUCCUAAAGAGUAAUGGAGGUGUGCGAAGGUAGGCUCAAGCUAAUAUUAUGCUCGUGAGAUGGAGAGUAAGAGCUAUUAAAUGAUAGUUAUAACUAAUCUCCAAUUUUUAUUCCUUCUUCAAAUGAAUAUGCCAUAUUGUUCCCCUAUCGUUAUAGUUUAAGUAGCGGACGACUAAAUUCACGACAUCAAAACAAUCUCUUGAAGCAAUUAUUGUCGUGGAAAAUUAAAUUAAAUUCAGAUAAAUGUGAAAUUUAAUGUUUUAACUGUUUACUUUAUCUAUAAUCUUCUAAACUUUAGAACCAAGAUCAUUAAAAAACAGAAAAUGUAAGCAAAACGUGUGUCACAUUCGUCAAUAAGUAUAGACACAUUUUAUCCUCUAAGCACUUGUGGGUUCAUCAAUAACCCAGAUAAGAAAUAAUAAAACUUGGAUAAUGAGAAACUAAAAUCACAACAGAGAAAGCUAAAGUUGAUGGAUUUGUAGUGCAAGAUGUUGUUAUGAAAGGUAAUUAAUUAAGAUUCAUAUUGGGUGUGGGUAGGAUGGCAAUUUUGACCUGCUUCAUUUUAUCCGACCUGUUGGACUUGUUUUGGGCGGAUUAUACCUAUGCAUGGGGUACUCUACUUGACCUUAUAUGCCUUUGACUCGACUCUACUGUCACUCCAGGAAUUGGCCAAGUGUAACCACUUCCUAAAGCGUAGUAUAGCGGGUUUAGGUUUAAUUAUCAACCCGGGUCCUAGAUUUGCUGACUACUCAGUGAGUUCUUGUUAUCUAGCAAUAAAACUGGAGUGCAAGUCUAAACUACCAAACAAACGAAGCAAGUAAACUGGUUGUAUUCAGGUUAAAGAGGUCACCCGGAUAUGGUUCCCCCUAGACUGCAGUUAAGCCGGAUUGUAAUUACCAAGUUCAGUUUCUAUGAAGAUUAUACUGCGGAAGGUUCUUAAACAGCCUGAAGUCUCGACUAAAGGUCUUCAGAUCCUCUCAAUCUGACUCUCUAGCGGGCGACUAACCUCCACCGGAGGCGACAGAUUGAGGCCCUAAGAACAAAACCUCCACUACCGGAGUAAAUCCGGUACAGAAUAGUGAGUUGGCUCCUCGACUAAAGUCACCAACUCCCUACCUUCAAUCAAGGAUACUCUAUUAACCUAGGCAGAUAUUCUCAUUCUAGGUUAAAGCAGAAACAACAGGAAUUUGAUCAGGAUUCAAGUCAUUCAAUCAUCAAAACCUCAAUCGAAUAUAAUCAAUCACAGAAUCAGUACUUGGGUUCAUACAAUCAAAGCCUAACAUACAAAUCUAGGGUUCUCCAUACCCAUAUGAAUGGGAGAACUACUCCAUAGAGAAGAAAGCAAAAGCAGAAUCAGACACGGAAUUCAUACUGCGAAGGAUGGAUUCCUGCUUCUGGAAGUUGAUUGGCACUUCUCCAAGCUCAAGCUGGCCUCCAAUGGUGUUGAAGAUCAAUCUAGGGCACUUGGGAACUCUUGCUCGUCACUUUCUCUCUCUAGGAAUCGUUCUCUCUCUCAAAAACUCGAAUCCCCUUUCUGUUUGGCUGAAAAUCUGCUUAAAAAGGCAUCAGCCAAAGCACGGUCGAGGGCACGGCCGUGUAAUGCCUCAGCCCGCCCGUGCUUUGGCUAGUGUUAAUUACACUAGCAGCAGUGGGGAGAAACACGGCCGUGCUUCGCUUUGGACACGGCCGUGUAAUGCUUGAACACGCCCGUGCUUUGUUUUGGCCCUGCCCGUGUAAUCAGCUCAGCUCUCGGCAUAAAAAGCACGGCCACCAGAACACGGCCGUGUAAUGAUUUAGGUGUGCCCGUGUUUUGGCUCCAGCUCACCGAAAUGACUUCCGAAUGCCCCGAAACUCGCGCUUAGCCUUCCCUUUGACACCUGGGACCUGAAACAUGACAAAAUAGCACAACCCGGCGUAAAAUAGGCCACAAUACACGACUAUGCCCCUC